AUGCUCGCUUUGCGAACAGUUUCCUCUGCAUCCGAGAGGAUUGCAUUCCUCGCUGCAGAAAAAGUCAAAGCGGACUGGGAGUCUCACUUCCUUUCCUCGCUCAAUGCUCGACCUGGAUCUACGAAACUAGAUCUGUACCAGCUUGUCUCAGCUAUUCAAUUCGCUGGCUUCAUGUUCUCUAAUGAAGCAGUUUUCACCAUGUUCAAAAAGUUAGAUACUGACGGUGAUGGUUACAUUACCAAAUCGGAGUUCAUGAGCUCUGUUACCUCUCCGUACUCGGCGACGGUCCUCUUUGACGCCUUUCAAAAGGCGGACUCCAACAGGCACUCGACUCUCAGUCCGGGAGAGUUUUAUAAAGCCCUUGUAUCUCUCGGUGUCUACGACAUCACCGAGAUUGGUGCAGCUCAGCUUCUCAAACGCAAAGUUCCGGGAGUUACUUCGGCCGACUUUGAUCUCUUCGUCAAGCUUACUGCACCCAUGCUUCUCUUCAUGCACCGUCAGAUUCCCUUGCCAACCGUGGCCAGCUGGGAUGAGCAUGUUCUGUAUACCCAUUACAUGUUUGGUGUCAUGGGGGCUGCGCUCUAUUCCUCAUUACCUAAACCACCGAGCAGCUACUUUGAUGCCGCUACUAUGAACAACACCACCUCAAUUUUUCUUCCUCUGGUGUAUCAGCUUCAGAAGACUGGGACGGAGAGGUUGGUCGAUGUGAUUACAAUGGGAUGUCUUGUAGCUUGGGGUGUCACCUUCCACUACUCACUCAAAUUGAGAGGAAAGACACGUAAGUGGUUGAUUGAUGUCCUUUCAAUGGCAUUUGCUUUCUUCUAUAUUGUGAUAAUGAUGUAUGCACUAAACAAAGACCUAAUCGUUGUUUUUGUCAUUGGUGUUUUGGCUUGUGUUGGUCUUUUGUGGAAGAAAGAAGACUAA